UAAAAGUACAUAUAGCAGCAAAUUGAGACUUCGAGACUGCCGACAUUCGUUUAGGCAUUAACAGUUCCGGAAAAUAAGAAUCGCAAGCAACAACAAUGUUUAAGAAGUCCAAACCAAAGAAGGAGCCACCACCAACUGCCCCAACUGUGGAUGAAAUGCUGGCGGAUAUGGAAACAUUUGAAGUGCAACAGCCUCCAGUAGAAAGCAGCUCGGAAAUUUCAGAUUUGGAACAUGAACUAUUGACGGAGCCGGAGAAUCUACCGCUUCAGUCGUGGUGGAAAGUGUUUGAUGCCUACGAUCAAAAGGUGGCGAAAUUGACUGGCACAGUAGACACCUUGGAGUCCCAAAAAAAGCAAUUACAGUCCUGCUGCGAGGUGCUGGAGAAGAGUGCCCAAGAACUACGUGAAGGCAUUCAAAAGCAGCUGUCGUUGAUUAAGAAAUCUGUUAAUUAAUAUGUAAGGCGUGUUUAAGAGGAUAUGUAUAUUGUCUAAAUAGAUUUUAAAUUCUGCAAAAUGUAAAAUUCCUGUAAUAAAUAACGAAACUAUCGAUGGUAAACUAUCGAUACCUACCUGAAACAGUUUAAA